CCUCACCUCUCUAUUGCCAUUACUUUUGAGCCUGGACCGUGAUCUCUAUUCUCCUCACUUCUCCGCCAGCAGGGUCAUCACAAUGCGCUUACUCAAAGUCGGUCGCAGUGGAUUCAAUUUCGCUCCGCCUUGCGAUGAAAACAAGGCUCCGCCAUAUGCAAUUCUCUCUCAUGUCUGGGGCCGACCCGAGGAUGAAGUCCAAUACGAUGAUAUUGGCACUGCCCAAAUAGAUCAUCUGGAGUACUUCUGGGUCGACACGUGCUGUAUUAACAAGAGGGACACUUCUGAGCUCUCAGAAGCACUGGUCUCUAUGUUUCGUUGGUACCAAAAGGCUACCAAAUGCUAUGUGUAUCUAUCAGAUGUCUCGACUACGGUUCAUGCCCUGGCUACAUCAGAGACAAGUUGGAAGCAGGAAUUUCGAAUGAGUCGUUGGUUCACUCGGGGCUGGACAUUACAAGAGCUUAUAGCGCCACGAACUGUCGAGUUCUACUCCAAGGAGGGUGGACGUCUUGGUAACAAGCUCUCACUCGUCGGUGACCUAUGCGACCUGACUCACAUCGACGCUGAUGUUCUCCGUGGUACUACUUCUGUCAGUGACAUUAGUGUUGACCAGAUAUUUUCCUGGGCAUCUGGACGUCAAACAACCCGGGAAGAGGACAAAGCCUACUCACUCCUUGGAAUGUUUGGGGUCUCAAUGUCUAUCAUAUAUAAUGAAACUCUGGAGAAGGCAAUGUUCAGGCUCCGAGAAGAGAUUUCGAAGAAGUCUGCCCUUCAAGGCCGAUAUACGCCUGGAGCCGUUAAGGAACUAUUGGCCAGUUUGAAAUUCGACGAGUACGGAGCACGUCAACGAUCAAUCAAAGCGGCCCAUGCUAGGACCUGCAAAUGGUUCCUGGAGCUUCCAUCUUAUAAAAGAUGGCUAGAGCAUCAAGGCACAGACAACCAAGGCUCAUUGAUAUGGAUCAGGGGUAAGCCAGGAAGUGGAAAGUCCACCUUGAUGAAUUUCCUCGACUGUACAGAGCUGGAAAAAACGACCAUCGGCGCAUACCGUUCCCUCCUUGUCCAGCUUCUAGAGAAGGUUCCAUCGCUGCGUUCGGUGUUGGCUGCCGUAGACUUCGGGUCAACCCGUGGGCCUUUUGGAGAAUGGGAAUUGGAGCCGUUAAAAUACCUCUUAUUCACGGCCGUUGAGAAUCUCCAGCAUCAAUAUGCUCUAUGCUUCAUUGAUGCUUUAGACGAAUGUGGCGAGGCUGAGAUCCGAGACAUGGUCUACUUCCUUAAAGAGCUUUGCGAGGUUGCAACAACCUCAGACUGCCAAAUACGAAUAUGUUUUGCCAGCAGACACUAUCCUAAUAUUACUCUUCAAGAAGCCGAGAGCAUCAUACUUGAAAAUGAAGCUGGGCACUCAGAAGACAUUGAGCGAUACCUGAGCAGUAUGCUACAGAUUGGAAAAACAACUCGUGCCGACAUGAUAAGAAGAGAAAUUCUAAAACGAGCUUCUGGUGUCUUCAUGUGGGUCGUGUUGGUGGUAGAACUGCUUAACAAAGAAUACGACAAGGGCAGACUUGACAAGAUAGAGAAAAAGCUCGAGAAGAUACCUGACGACCUACAUGCCCUCUUUCGCAGUAUUAUAGUGAGGGAUUCUACGGGAAAUGAUAAACUAGAAGUCUGCUUACUGUGGGUCCUGUUUGCUCAGAGACCACUGAGUGCUCAAGAGUUGGUCAUGGCGAUCCUGCAUAAAGUUGAGGGCACUAUUCCGAGCUCUUCGGACACAGACACUAUGGAUAUGGAGAAGAUAAUCGUGGAUGCGUCAAAAGGCUUGGCCGAGAAGACCAAGGCGAAGAAUAAUCCCACUAUCCAAUUUAUACAUGAGUCUGUCCGUGAUUUCCUACUAAACGGUGGUCUCGAGGAUGUCAACCCUCGAUACGCAACUGACCCCGUUGGAAUGAGCCACGAGACGUUAAAAUUACAGUGUGAGAAAUAUAUCGCAGCGGUCAACCUACGCCACUAUAAGCCAUCUGCUAAAAAGUCACGACACGACCACCUUGAAACGCGAGAUGCUAUCAUGAAAAAUUUUGGUCUGCUAGGGUACGCGACGGAAAGUAUACUAUAUCAUUCGGACAAAGCAGCCAGAUACGCGAUACCGCAAAAUAAGUUCAUUAAGGAGUUCGAAUUCAAUCUCUCCGACUGGAUUGAAAAGUAUAACGCCUGUGAGAGAUUUGUAGCUAGAGGUUAUGGACGGGAGACACGAAUGGCAUACGUUCUCGCGGACAGGGGCUAUGCACGUCUCAUUGCCCAUCACAUUGUCGGUGAUGCAUAUGUGGCGCUCGAUAAUAAUUGUCGGUAUAAGCUACCGCUUAUAGCUGCACUUGCACAGGGUCACAAAGAAGCCGCCAUAUCACUUCUAAGAGUUCGUGUAGAGCACGCUGAAACGGAACACCUACGUCAGCUAUGUAAGGUAUAUGCAGCUUCAAACGACUGGCGCGGCAAAUUCAAAAAGGGGGUCGAGUAUACCCAGGGCAACAUGAGUCUUCCUACAAUUGACCAUGCCAAUGAUGCUUUGCUUAACUUCAUUGCUGAGGCAAAUGACUAUCCAUGGUCUCGCUGUGAUCGAGACAGAUGUAUAGUAGCAGCCGCAAAUCGAGGUCACCAACGGCUCACCUUUAUGUUUUUAAAAGAGAUGCCUGGACGUGCUUCAGAAGCCUUCACAGCAGCCGCUUCGCGUGGUCACCGAGGUUUGGUAAGCGCAAUCUACAGUGACUAUAGGGAUCAGCUUGGUAGAUUUACAAUCAACCAUGUCCUCGAUACUGCACAUGAAAGUCGCCAUGACGAAAUGGUUGAACAUCUAUUCGGGCUUGGAAUCGAUAUUAGGCAAAAAGACAUUCUUAUACCAUUUGUCGCCAGAGACGACCAAAAAAUUGUGCGACGGUUGCUCGACCUUGGCGCCGACAUCAAUGGAUUACCCAACCACGCGGUUAUCAUAGAACCUGGAGGAUGUGUCAAGAGUUUCAGAGUAAGCUGUAUGCGUGACGUUACGAUAUGGUAUCAUAAGCCGGGCGUGGUACAACAGCGUCCUCCGAAUAAUGUCAACAUGGAUAAAUAUAGCCCUCUUGAAUUAGCCUGUUUUCUCGGCAAUGAGAGAAUGGUCCGACUACUGCUCGAUAAGGGCGCUAGAAUAGGCCAGGCACUCCUCGUAACCUUUCUAAGAGACCUUCGAUGUGCAUCCGGUAGCUGCCUAAGCAUCAUGCGAAUCCUUUGCGACCACGGUGCCAACCCUAAUGACGCCCCAGAUAGGAUACGGAACGACCUAAAGUUGAAGGUUGCCGAAGCGUACAAGACCUCUAUAACACCUCCCAACGAGCCUGUUUCUUCAAUUCGAGAUGGAUACUAUCAUGUCGCAUCCGAAAAAUUCGGACCCCAGAGGUUUUGA